AUGUCUACGAAUCCACUUAAUCUAGGUGCACCUAUAUCUUCUGAUUCUCAUCCAUAUCCUCAUUCGCAACUCCCAUCCUCAAUCUCGCCCUCAACAACGACGGAUUCAUCGAUCACUCCAGGCGAAUCGCUGAAUGUUGAUGAUCAUCCGAUUAAUCCAACUCAUCCAGUCCUUCAACAUACAAGAACAGCUCCUACUACUUUCCCAAUCAAUCCAUCUGCUCAUGAACACACAACCAACGAUCCAUCGUUACCCAUCGUAAACAAACGUGAUCGUGAUUCUUCUGGAUCAGAAAGUCCAACACCAACUUUAUCAGGUACAGGUACAGCUGGCGUUGGUGGAUUACAUGGUCAACCUCAACCUGGAUCAAAAGCUUCUCAAGCUCAAGAUCAAAAUCAAGGUGAUUUCAACGAAAAAGAUCAUCAAGCAGGUACGACCAAUGGAGUCACAGGUCCUGCAAUAGCGGAUCUCGCAGCUAAAGAACUAGGUCUGAAUCAAUAUCAAGGUCAUCAAGACAAUGUAAAACAUCAUCAUCAUCAAUCACACAAAACGAAUCAUGACCCAGCAGAUAAACUUGAGAGAACUCAUUCUGGUACACAGAUUACGCAUCAUGCUCAUGUAGGACCUGGAGGAAACAAUCUCAGAGGCGCAGGAAUGAUUCCUAUUCAUAGGCAAGAAUCAACUCCUCCAGCGGUCAGUCCUUUCGGUGGUGUAGCACCAACAGGAAAUGACGCACAAAUGGGUCUGAGAGCUGCUAGAAGUAGAGAAGAAGAGGAUGAUAGAGAUCAAGACAGAGAAACAAAAGGUCCAGAUCCUUGGUCCGUUCAAUUUGAACCUGGAGAUAAAGCAAAUCCCAAAAAUUGGGGUGUAUUAUACCGAUGGGUCUUAACUGGUAUUGCCGGUUUAUUAGUUCUCAAUUCAACUUUUGCAUCGUCAUCACCAUCUGGUAUCGUUCAAGACAUGGAGGAGUAUUUCGGUUUCUCUCAAGAGGUCGCUGUACUCACCAUCUCCCUUUUCGUUGCUGGUUAUUGUAUUGGUCCUAUCGUAUGGGGUCCAUUAUCGGAAUCAUACGGUAGACGCCCCAUCUUCAUUCUAUCAUUUAUCGUUUACACCGGAAUGCAAGUUGGUUGUGCAUUAUCAAAGAACACGGCUUCAAUCUUGAUUUUCAGAUUACUUGGUGGUAUCUUCGCUUCUGCUCCUCUCACAAAUUCUGGUGCUUUACUUGCUGAUAUCUGGGAUGGAGAUCAUCGUGGUCAAGCGAUGAGUAUAUUCUCUCUUGCUCCCUUUGCAGGACCUUCUAUUGGUCCUAUUGUGGCAGGUGCAAUUCAAGUAACAGGUACCAAUUGGAGAUGGGUAUAUUGGAUCUUGACAAUGUUCGCCGGAUUCUGUUUGGCAGUCAUCGUCAUCUUCGUUCCAGAGACUUAUGCGCCCAAGAUCUUGGCUCAGAAAGCAAAGAAAUUGAGAAAGGACACUCAAGAAGAAAGAUGGUAUGCUCCUCUCGAAAAACAGGAUCAUAGAUGGCAAAGCAGAUUAUAUGAUAUCUUGGCUAAACCUUUCAUCAUGCUCGCACUUGAACCAAUGCUCUUAGCAGUCACUAUGUACAUGUCUUUCGUAUACGGUAUUGUAUAUCUGCUGUUCGAAGCUUACCCAUUUGUCUUUGUCAUCAAUCAUGGAUUCAACAAUCUUGAAAACGGUUUAUGUUUCUUAGGUUUCUUCACAGGUGGUUUCUUAGCUGUUGUAUUCUUUAUGACAGUCAUUGAACCUAGAUAUCAAAGACAUGCGAAGAAAAUGGCUCCAGCACCACCCUCACCUGAGAAAAGAUUGGAACUUUGUAUCAUUUCAGGAUGGAGUUUAGUGAUUGCCAUGUUCUGGUUUGGAUGGACUUCUUAUUCAUCCAUUCAUUGGAUCUCACCUGUCAUGGCAGGUGGUUUGUUGGGUGUAGCAGUUUUAGGAAUGUUUGUUUCUCUCUUCAACUAUAUCAUUGAUGUUUAUCUCUGGUCAGCUGCAAGCGCUUUAUCAGGUACAACCGUCUGUCGAUCAUUGUUCGGUGCAGCUUUCCCCCUAUUUGCUACUCAAAUGUAUCAGAAACUAGGCACUCAAUGGGCAUCAUCCCUCCUUGGGUUCCUCGCUUUGUUGAUGGCUCCCAUUCCAAUCGUGUUGACGAUCUACGGACCCAAAUUGAGAGCUAAAUCGAAAUUUUCACCUAACAAGGUCGCUCACUAA